AUGUCGAUAGCCCCCCGUACGGCACAACAUUUCCGUGGUGCCUCCUCCCGUUCCAAUGGCUUGCUAGCAGCACGCUCUCUUACGGUCGGCCUGGCACGCGCCCUGUUUAUGGGCAUUUCCACUGUCACGGCUGCACCGAUACAUCUAGGCAUUCUUGAACAUGGAGGUUCCGGAGAGCCAGAAGAAGAGGGCGCCGCCAUUUGGGUCCUCUAUGUGGUCUCACUUGUUUUGGUCCUCGUCGGAGGAGCCUUUGCCGGGUUGACGAUAGCCCUGAUGGGUCAGGAUGGCAUCUAUCUCCAAGUACUCGCGAGAGACUUGACCGAACCACAACAAAAGAACGCGAAACGAGUGUACGAUCUACUACAGCGUGGCAAGCAUUGGGUCCUAGUUACGCUGCUAUUAUCCAAUGUCAUUGUCAACGAAACACUUCCCGUUGUUUUGGACCGUUGCCUCGGCGGUGGCGUUGCCGCUGUCAUCGGCUCUACUGUUUUGAUCGUCAUCUUCGGUGAGGUCAUUCCUCAGUCGCUCUGCGUUCGUUACGGCCUCCCGAUCGGUGGCUACAUGGCUAAGCCCGUCCUCCUUCUCAUGUAUUUGACUGCCCCCGUCUCCUACCCGAUCGCAAAGCUUCUCGACAAGCUCCUUGGAGAGGACCACGGAACAGUCUACAAGAAGAGCGGUCUCAAGACUUUGGUCACGCUGCACAAGAACCUCGGCGAUGUUUCGGAACGUCUCAACCAGGAUGAAGUCACCAUCAUCAGUGCGGUACUCGACUUGAAGGAAAAGCCGGUCGCCAAUGUCAUGACCCCCAUGGAGGACGUUUUUGUCAUGGCAGAGGACACCGUUCUGGAUGAAAAGACUAUGGAUAUGAUCUUGUCAGCCGGAUACUCCAGAAUUCCCAUCCACGAGACCGGAAACCCGACCAACUUUGUCGGCAUGUUGCUUGUCAAGAUCCUCAUCACCUACGACCCCGAAGACUGCAAGAGAGUCAAGGACUUCCCUUUGGCCACUCUCCCCGAGACUCGUCCCGAAACCAGCUGCUUGGACAUUGUCAACUUCUUCCAGGAGGGCAAGUCCCACAUGGUUCUUGUUUCGGAAUAUCCCGGAGAAGAUCACGGCGCCAUUGGCGUGGUCACCCUUGAAGAUGUUAUCGAGGAAUUGAUUGGAGAGGAAAUCAUUGACGAAUCGGAUGUUUACAUCGAUGUCCACAAGGCCAUUCGCCGCUUGACUCCUGCGCCCAAUGCCAGAAUUACACGCCGUACCUCCGUUGAUGUUAUGGGCAAGACGAUCACCAGGGGUUAUGAUGAUGUCUCCGGUUCGAGCACAAGAAACGGCGUUGAUGUUCCGCCGUCAAAGAUCGUUGAACCGCUUACCGGCGCGGGUUCCACUGUUUCUGAAGCGGCCCAUCUUAUGAACGAGCGGGAUCCCAAGCAGACUACCUGGAUGAUGCGGAGAAGCUCGGCGGGGGUCGAUGGCCAGAUGGUGAACACUACUGUUCCGGUCCGCGCCAAUCUCGAAGAGCUCAGGCAGCACUUGAAGCACCUUGGACCCUCCAACCCAGCUAUCAACCCCAAGAACACUCGCUCGACUACAGUGAAGAUCAAGCCUGGGAUUGCGGGACACCUCUCUCAAGCACGCGCUGCAUCCAUUGCCGAUUCGAGCGCCGUUGUCGAGACUCCCUAUGAAGACGACGAAACCACCAGCCUCCUCAGACCUCAACAAUCGACCGCAAAGGACGGGAUUCAAGCUUUGACGCAGAGCUACGGUGGUGUUAGCCCCGCCACCGCGCAACUCAUCUCUCCAGCGGAAAGUGCCGUAACGGCAGUACCUAUCAAUGUGGACAACUCGGACGGUAAUCAGGAUAAUAUGGUCGACAGAUCGACGCAGACGCCCCCGAGGCAGCAGCAGCACAAUGCGGCCACGGAGACGGCCCGCAAUUUGUCUGGCUCUCGAUCGAGCGGUAGCACCGAUAGCGUCGCCAGCAUGCGCGAUAGCGGCCUCUUGCCCCCUAGGCGUGGGAUUGUUCGCAGUGGUAGUAUAACGGAGAACAUUAUUGAAACCCGGGGCGUCAGAAAGGUGGUUUUGGAGACAACCAGCUCCAACGAUGAGGAGGAAUAUGCCAUCACGACAGCCUCCCCCGAUCAUGGCCACGGCGCCAAGGUGACUUUGGCGAUAAAGCAGCCAUCCGCCAGGUCGGAGACAGGCGACGAAAGUCAGGGCCUGUUGUCACCUACGACAGGCGAUGAAGGACACCAGUCUGGAGAUAGGGAGGGUGAAUCCGCCAAGACGAACGGCGGUGGGCAGAGCAGUAGUAGUCAGGGGAAGAAGAACAAAAGCAAAAAGAAGAAGCGCAAGGGCGGCAAAUCUUAG